UUAUAUAAACGUUAUAUCUUUAAUAAUCAUUAAGAAUUCUUAAACGUCGAACAACUUUAAAAUCUUAAAUACAUACUUGUUUUCAUAAAGAAAGUUUUAAAACAACCAUUUUAAAAUAGCAACACAUUCGAAGAUAAAGAAUACACUACAGAGUUGUCACAAACAUGUCUCGUCGAUAUGAUACUCGCACAACCAUUUUCUCUCCGGAAGGGAGAUUGUACCAGGUGGAGUAUGCCAUGGAAGCCAUAGGUCAUGCUGGGACAUGUCUGGGUAUUCUGGCUUCAGACGGUGUCCUUCUUGCUGCAGAAAGGAGAAAUACCAACAAACUUCUAGAUGAGGUGGCAUAUUCAGAGAAAAUAUACAAGCUUCAUGAGGAUAUGGUCUGCAGUGUUGCUGGUAUCACAUCUGAUGCUAAUGUCCUCACAAAUGAGCUGCGGUUAAUUGCACAAAGGUAUCUGCUGCAGUACCAGGAGCCAAUACCUUGUGAGCAAAUGGUCAGCACCCUCUGUGAUUUAAAACAAGCCUAUACACAAUACGGAGGUAUGCGUCCAUUUGGCGUCUCUCUGCUGUACAUGGGCUGGGACAAACACUAUGGCUUCCAGCUGUACCAGAGUGAUCCCAGUGGCAACUACGGGGGCUGGAAGGCCACUUGUAUAGGCAACAACAGCGCUAAUGCAGUGUCCAUGCUUAAACAAGAAUACAAGGAAGGGGAGACCAAUCUGCAGCAAGCCCUACAGUUGGCUGUCAAAGUCCUGAGUAAAACACUUGAUAUGACGAAACUGACGUCAGAGAAAGUGGAGAUAGCAACACUGACGCGGGAGAACGGUCAGACGCACAUCAAGAUCCUUGACAACAAGUUUGUGGACGAGUGCAUCAAAGUGCAUGAGGCAGAGGAAGCCAAGGCUGAGGCAGAGAAAAAGAAAGAGAAGUCUUAAUAAUGAAUAGGACUACAUGACAAGUGUUCCUUGGAUUCAAGUUCUCUAGGCAAAGACAUUGAAUGACAUCUAAAGACAGUGAUGUUGGUGCACCAUUUUUAGUUUUCAAAUAUUAAUAUCAUGCAACUGUUAACAAUAAAUUGUUAAUAAGAAUAGGAAUGUCAUCAUAUUGAAUACAAAUAUGUAUGUGCUAAAAACAAAAGAUAAGUAACUGUUAAAUUGAACUUGCUGUAAGUGCUUUAUAUGUUUAUGUAUUUUGUUCAUUUCUUUGAAUCAUUAUGUUCAUUUGAAUAAAAUCCCUUAUUUGCAAUAAAAAGUAAAUGUUUAAA